GGGGCGGGAGCGGUGCAGUGCGCCUGCGCGGCAACGGCUCAACGGGGCUAACCGUCGCGAAGGAGGAGGAGGAGGAGAGAGAGAGAGAGGCGGAGACGGUUGGCGAACUGUCAUAGGAGGCCGCGACCCGGGGGCCGGUCACCGCCUCACACACACACACACACACAGGGCUCUGGUUCAUUGAGAUUCAGCCCGAGGCCUAGGCCGCCCCCCCCCUAUCCCCGGUCUUUCCCGGAGCCUCGGCCUUGCCUGGCGCUGUGGCACCGCCCGAGGAGCGUCCGGAGCGGGGUAAGGGUCACCAGCAACUUUAAAGCUUGUUGGAAAUGUCCAUGGUCCUGUUUGCUGCCGUUGUGCGUGUCCGCGAUGGCCUUCCACUCUCCGCGUCCACCGACUAUGAACAUAACAAGGGAGUGCAGGAGAGCAAGAAGCACCUUAAAGUGUUGUCCAAGAAGCUAAGCCAACUGCCUGACCGAUGUACUCUACAAGCCGUGCACUACAACAUACAUUUCAUAAGCUCAUUAGGAGUCGGGUAUCUGAUGAUCUGCAAUGAAAACUAUCCGAAUGUCCUCGCUUUCUGUUUUUUGGACGAACUACAGCGAGAGUUCAUCACCUCGUACGACACAAAGAGGAUAAAUGCCGCUGUCAGGCCUUAUUCCUUCAUAGAAUUGGAUAAUUUUAUACAGAAAACCAAGCAGAGAUACAACAGCCCCCGGUCCUUAUCUACCAGGAUAAACCUCGCUGAUAUGCAGACGGAGAUCAAGCUAAGGCCAUCCCAUCAGCUAACGAUGCUCGAUCUCGGAACGGCGAAUGGAUCAGCCAAUCUACCUUCUCCGCCGUACAAAGGAAUCGCUCCAAACCAACGACUAGAGCCAGUGACACUGCCAGGAAUCAUAGCCUGUUUAUUAAGUCUGCUGUGUGGGGCUUUAAAUCUAAUCCGUGCGUUUCACGCCAUGGAAAAUAUAUUUCAGGAUAACGAGGACACAUUGAACAAUGUCGUUGCGUUUUUCCUCGGUACUGGUGCUUGCCUAUAUCAGUGUUACUUGCUUGUGAGCUGCAGCGGAUGGAGGAAUCUGAAGUCCUUCCUGAUGUUUGGCUUGAUCUGCCUGUGUAAUUUAUACGUGCACGAACUCCGUAAUCUCUGGCAGAUUCUAUUCCACGUGACCACAGCCGCAUUCACCACGCUCCAGACACGACUGAGACAGCCCCAAGGAAAAGCUCCCGAUUACAAUGUCUGAGAGGGCGAUCGGAAGAAAAUAUCUUUUUUUUGUUGCUGAGGUGAUUUCCAUUCUGCGGGAAACGCAGGAUGUUUCUGGCCGUGAAUUCGUUUUUGUUUUUUUAAAAAUUAAUAAUAAAAGUACCAAAUGGAAUACUUGAAAUCGUAACCAAAUCAUCGAGCAACAUCAAGCAACCAAAAGCUGACGGUUUGAAGCGGGACUUUGAUAAUCAAAGUUGUGAAGAUGGUUCUGUCCAUCGGCCCUUUAGACUUUCACCGAUGCAAUACGUUUAUAGGCCUUUUAACUUAGGGUUUUCUUUUGAUAAAAUCCUGAUUAAUUUGUGCGUGGCAAAUGUCCGAUUCAAAAUGUUACUUGACGUUAUUCUUUCUUUGUUUCUCUCCUGAUUUCUCCUUGCAAAGGGUUGUUCUCCCUCUUAUCUCCAGACAGACGGUGGCCAGACACAAUAGGAUACAGUUCUGCAGGCGCUGGCAGCUGGUGUGUUUGUUAUCAACAGGAGAAGUCGGCAGGCUAUUUGGUCACAGAAGGCAUCACAAUCUGAGCUCGAUCCUAUCCUCGUCUGGCUGCCAAGUGUGCAAUCUUCCCAUCAGACCUGACUGCAGUGGAGCCCUAGCUGACUUUACACUAUAUUUAUGCUGUCAGCUUGCUCAGUUGGUGUCUGCCAUCUUGGGCAAGGUCGAAAAGUCAAGGGUUUGAGCCCCUUCGAGCUCAUAGUCCAGUCUAACCUUCCAGUCCAGUACUGAAGGACUGCUGAGUUUCAAUCCUCUGGAUGAAACGUUCAGCCGAGUCCCGUCUGCCUGCUCAGAUGGAUGAUAAAGAUCAUUAUUCGAGAAGAGA